GACUGCACCAAGCCGGCACCCUCGACGACGCCGCCGCCGACUCGGAACGACGACCACGCCGCCGCCGGUCGAAACCGACACGGCGCACACCCGGCACAUCUCUACAGUGUAUGGGUGUUCUCUGCCUCUACUACCUCUACCGCUUGUGUGCGUACUGCGUACUAGGCUCGUCUGCAAGCCUUUUUACGCUAUCCGUCUACGUCUUUGCGUACAGCGGAAUUCCGAACAGGCUUUUUAAAAACUAUGCUUAUUUACCUGAACGUUCUAUUGUUUGCAGCGACAGACCACGUGAGCUGAAACCACGCCUGUCGGGCGUGCAGUGCGUCGGGAAGACUCCGCGGGUGUCAAAGCGAUGCUAGCGUUCGCAUACGCUUUGCUCCUAAGUAUCGCUGCAAACUGCGCUGCUUUGUACGAAGCAAACUGCAGUACGCUCCUGAUGGGUCAGUACUCGUGUGCGGCGCCGGAAAUCGACCCGGCCACGCAACAGCCCAAGACGUGCGGCCCCGCCAACCAGGCCCGUGUGCUGUGCACCGCGGCGGAUGGCAUCGUCUGCAAGAACGGCACCGGCACAGGCAGGGACACCUUCGAGAAGGCGAUUGCAUGCCGCUACACCAACGGCUACUCGUUUGAGACGGCGCUGUUGCUGUCCGUAUUCUUGGGCAUGUUCGGCGUGGAUCGCUUCUACUUGGGCUACCCGGCCAUCGGCCUCGCCAAGUUCUGCACGCUCGGAUUCAUGUUCCUCGGCCAGCUGGUGGACAUUAUUCUCAUCUCGAUGCAGGUCGUUGGCCCCGCCGACGGGUCGCAUUAUGUGAUCAGUUAUUUCGGGCCCUGCCUGCGAUUCCUCGGUGUAGACAACGACACUUACGUUUUGCCGCAGGACGAUUGGUGAUCUUUAGUAAAAUACAGUGCAGUUGUGUUUGUAUGGACAGAUUCAUAAAGUGCAAUGUUGUGCACUCAUUCAGUCCCAGG